AUGGCGAGCGGUCUCUUCGGCCAUGCGGGCCGAUCUUCGUCGAAAAAUCUCGUCGAAUUCCGCGCUGGAAAAAUGACUAUGAAAGGCACUACUGUCACGCCGGAUAAAAGAAAGGGAAUGGUGUACAUUUACCAGAGUGAAGAUUCACUUAUGCACUUCUGUUGGAAGGAUCGAGGCACGGGAAAUGUUGAGGACGUAAGCAGAAAUUCUUGCAAUAAAUUCUUUUGUCUCAUCACGUACUCUAGUUGAUUUGGAAAUUCUAUGCCUAAUACUUCAAGAUGUCACUAAGUUAAGCGUCACUAACAUUUUGGUUCACGAUAACACACUGGAACACUGGAAUUUAUAUCAGAUUCGAAAAAAUUAUAUAUCGUGAACGCUAAUUAUUAGACUAGUUAAAUUUUUUGGAACUGCAUCUUGCCUCGAUCUUCUUUAAGACAAUCGUCAAUCGAUCAGCUUUUUUUUAUCGUUAUUUGACUUGGUUUGAUGUCGUCAAGGAAUUUGUUACAGAGUAAUAAAAUGAAAUAAACUUGGAAGGCGAAACGUUAUACGAAUCUCUAUAAAUAUCAUGGCAUACAAGCUUAGUAGGGGCUACUAAAAAUAAAUACAUUGUAGUGUUGACAUAUUCAGCAUCUUUCAGUUAAUUUGGGACACUGUUAAUGCCGGUAAAAUUUCGGCACAGCCCCAUACUACUAUAAAACAAAUCUGUUUUUCCAAUGGCAAUGUAUCGUUUUUGUCAUUGUUUUCUCUAUCCAAGAACUGAAUGUAUAGUGUGGGAUGGGACUGUGCAGAAAUUUUACCUUAAUGCCUCUUCAAAGCGUAGAAAGGGGAAAUAGAGUGUGCCCCUGUAAAACUCCCAACUUGUAAGAGGCAAUUCAUUUUAAUUUGGAUCUUAAAUAAAAAUUUAGACAGACAGAUUUUGAUUGCAUCUUAAAACAUCUGGGAUAUGCCGCCCCAAAUAUCAGAGUUCAUGCAAGUCAUGGAAUUUCACAUCAUUUUCUAGGCCUACUCAGUCAUUUUGUUUUAAGUCAGUCACUGGCCAAAAUUAUCAAGAAUUCACCGACUGUUGGAAAAUUUCAUAAUUAAUUUUAUUUUUCCAAAACAACCCUUUUAUAAACCAUCUAAGUGAGUUUCACUUUAAUAAUAUUUCAGAUCUAACUGACUUAACACAAUCCAGACCAUGCAUUAACAACAGAAUCUCUUGAUUGUUAAAAAAAACUCUCCUCGUCAACACUCAGGAAAUGUAUAGAGAACAGUAUGGAGAAUAUGUAUACUUAUGACAGGGUGUAAACUGUUAAAUUGAAAGUAAAAUAAUUUUGUAGGCUGAAGAGAAUAUGAACACUACAUAAGAACAGACACUGCACAUACAAUUCAAAUAAAAUAUGAUUUCUUUACUUUCAGGAUCUCAUCAUCUUCCCUGAUGACAUUGAGUACAAGCGUGUAAAGCAGUGCACUACAGGAAGAGUGUUUAUCCUUAAAUUCAAAUCAUCCACUCGCAAGUUCUUUUUCUGGAUGCAAGAACCUAAGACGGACAAAGAUGAGGAGUAUAGCACCAAAGUGAACAAUUUGCUGAAUAAUCCUCCCACCCCAGGGUCAGGUGGUGGUGGCAGUGGUCUCCCCCCUGCUUUGGCUGGGCUAAGUGAACAGUUGGGUAAGAGUGUUUGGUACUUACAGAAUGCACGACUUGCAAGUUGCAAAGACCUUUGUAUGAAAAUCAGUGACAACUCUCAACAAUAUAAGCUAUAGUAAACACUGGCAGAUAACCAGCAACAUUUUUUCCCAGAAUCUUUUUAACAAAGCAGGGUGCAGCUUAUCUAUGAGAACAUCUGGAAAACUUGCUGCAAAUUUGCAUGAAUUAAAACUAUUCAUUGAAAGUCUGUUAAACCUUUCACCCCCAAGAUCUCAUUAGUAAUUCUCCUUCCUGUCUGCUAUAAAACAAUUGUGAUGUCAAUUUGGAGAAUUUGGUAUUGGAUCAACUUGUAGUCCCCUACAUGUAACUGAGUUUUCUUCUUUAUUCUUCUCACUUGUCUGCUUGCUACUGUAUUGAUAUUGUAAAGAAAAAUUGUGUCUUGAUCACUCACGGGAGUUGAAGUGUUAACUAGGAGCUGCUCCUGCAUUGUGACCAAUCUGGCCAAAAAACAAAUAAGAGGCAUGCUGGCCCUUCUUGAUUGAAUUGCACCAGAAUAUACUCAAAGAAACCUGUAAAUGUCUUGGCCAGGAACAAGGGCCAGAAUAUAUUGUACAAUAGACCCAGCUCUCUUGACAUGGAACCAAAGUUUCAUACUUUUUUGAUGGAUAACCAUUGUGUCAUUUAACAGGUGAUGGUCAGUUGCAAGGCUUGUUGGGAAAUCUGGACCAGCAGCAGUUGCUUCAGUUACUGAGUGGUUACGGAGGAUUGGGUGGGCAUGGUGGGUUGUCCAGUGCUGGCAGCUCUAUAAGUGCACCUACUGCUGCUUCUCCUACGUGAGUAGACUACUAUUUUAUGGAACAAAAUAUAGCUGAACCCUUCCACAAGAUCACACCUUUAAUCCUUUCACUCCAUUGAUCUGAUUAUCAGUGCUUCAGACUUUACCUUCCAGAAGUGACUAACAUGUAACUUCUCCCCAUAAUAUCCAUACAUUAUUCAGCCAACUGGCAAUAAGAAUACUCAAACUUAUCAGAUAGAAGUUCUUACCUUGAUCAAACAUCAAACUCUCGUAAAUCAUUUAUAAGGAAAUAUCUAGCAGUUAGAGGGGAGAGUUGCAAUCAGAUCUUGGGAUUUAAAGGGGUAAAUUAAGCAAUAUCCUUAGGAAGUACAUGAUUAUAUUUGUCACUCCUCAUCAUCUUUUUGUUGGAAGAUGAAUUGUUGUCGUAAGGUGAAAAUCGCUUUGAUCACUUCUUGGAGUGAAAGGUGUAACCUUUAAAAAAUUGCACAAAUUCUCCCAGUAUGGAGAAUAUGCAUUCGAAUGUUAGGGUGCUGAGGGUUAAUACCACCAUCUUGCUCCCCAGAAAUAUGAAUCUCCCUUGUCUUUAUUUGAAAAAUUCUUGGUGACUUCUAAUUUUAAUUAAGACAGAUGUACUUUUACAUUUCUUACACAGGCCCACAAGGGUUCAGUCCUCACCAGGACCCAGGAGCACUUCCUCAGCUUCAUCAUCAGGGACCACCACACCACGCCCUGCAACAGCUACUCCUUCAGUGCCUCCAGCUCCCCAAUCCCGUCCAACACAGCCUCGGCAUGCUGUGCAGCUGACUGACUUACAGAAUAUUCUGUCCAAUAUUCAAGGUGAAACUAGUUGAAAGCAAUAUAAUGUGUGAGAAAACCUUUUAGAGCAUUCACUCUAACAUGUAAGCAACCUCUGUACGAGCUCUCCAUUCUGUUUUCUAUACAUUUCCCACAGUUUCUUACAAGAACACAUUUUCUGCACGUAACAAUCAACAGCUUCUUUAGUUGGUGACUAUUUUGUUUAUUGUCAUGACCUUAAUUUCUGAUUCAGGAGUGAAACUUUUGGGAGAAUUGAAAUGUUUAUCACUGUUAGGAGUUAAAGGGUUCAAUAGAUAAUUAUUAUGGUAGUUUUUCAAACUUUUUAUUUGUGACUGAGUCAGAAUUUUGCCUGUUGGCCUUUGAAGAGGAAUUUAGAUAUCUGUGAGUUGGUGCGAUAAACAACUUGGAAAUGAAAGACAAAAUUUGUUUUUAGACUGCAAUAUAUUUAACCGUUUACACCCUAACAUCAGUAUUCAUAUUCUUCAUACCAUUCUCUGUACAUUUACUAAGGUGCUGACAAGGAGAAUUUGUCUAACAAUCAAGAGUUUCCUUAGUUGGUGAUCAUUUCCUUUAUUCUCAUGACAUUAAUGUGUGAUUCAUUGGUGACAUUUUAAGGAGAAAUUAGAUGCUAGUCACUCUUUGGGGUUAAAGGUUCAAGAGGCUAUUCAUCACCCCUGUUAUUGACUGGUUUAAUCCUUUUGUGAUAAUGUGAUACAAGGGUACACAUAACUUGUGAGUUAAAAUACAAUCAAGGGAGAACAAAUAGAGAUUUUUCCUUCCUAAUUUCACUCAGGUAAUUUAGUGUUAACAACUGGGUUGAAAAUGUAAAUUAGCCACCGUAAAGGGUAAAAAAGCUGACGUUUUGAGCGUUAGCCCUUCGUCAGAGCGUUAGCCCUUUGCUCUGACGAAGGGCUAACACUCAAAACGUCAGCUUUUUUACCCUUUACGGUGGCUUAUUUACGUUUUCAACUCAGUUGUUAACACUAAAUUACCUGCUAUACUCUCCCACCGACACAGCACCACAGUUUCUUUAGAAACUUACCCCUUUAUUAAUUUCACUCAGUUUGGUUCUGUUGAUUAUUUAAUUAUUUUUGAACAGUGCCUGCAGAAAAUGCGGAACAAGCAAGCCGAGAAAGUAAGUUGAAUGUUCCUGAUUAUUACUUCUUAAUUUACAUGGCCUCAGCUCUUAUGAUAUAAAAUUGAAAUUCAUCGCUAUUUUUUGAUAGUUUUCCUUUUGAAAAUAAACUUAAACUAUGAGAGGGAUUCUGGAACAAUUCAAGCCUGCUGCAAAAAGGAAAUGUUUUUUUAAUUUUACAAGCUGGGUAGUUUCAGAAGGACCAUGCACUGAGAAUGGUGAAGGUAUUCACCCUUUACACCAUUACAUCAGUAUGCAAGUUCUCCUUACUGUUCCGUAUACACUUCUCAUGGUACUUAAAUGGAGAAUUUGUUUAACAAUCAAGAGCUUCUUGGGUUUGUUAUUAUUUCCUUAAUUCUCAUGACCUUAAUGUGUGAUUCAGGGAUGAUACAGUUGGGAGAAAUUAGAUGUGCAUCACUCUCAGGGCUUAAAGGGCUAAUCUCUAGUCCAUAACAAUAGUUCCUCCUGAAAUCUUUCCAGAUGUGGAUCUGUCCAGUGUUUUUACUCCUGACUCCAUCAUGCCUUUGUUGUCGGACCCAGAGUUCCGUGAGCAGCUUGCUCCUUUUCUUCCCGCUGGUGAAGAGUUGCCUCAGAGUCCAACUGAGUUGUCAAACACCUUACGCUCACCUCAGUUUCAGCAGGUACUGUAUGACAAUGGGAUGGUGUGCGGUCAACCCCUGACACCUGAACCUCAGUGUUCAUAUUAUCCACACUGUUUUUUAUACAUUAGGUGCUGACAAGAACAGCAUGUCUAACAAUCUAGAGCCUCUUAACCCUUUAACUUCCAGAUCAAAUUUGUCAUUAUCCUUACUGUCAACCAUACAAUUCUUAGAAUGUUAGUUUUAAGAAUUUAAUAUUGGAUCAACUAAUUAUCCCAAAUUUGAUAUUUUUCUUUAUUCUCAUCACUUAGCUGGUUGAUGUUGUAUUGAUAUUGUAAGAAGAAAUUCCAUCUCACUCUCUCAUGGGAGUUAAAGGGUUAAAUUGGGGAUCAUUUCCUUUAUUCUCAUGUUUAUUACAUUUUAUUUAAGGCAAAUACAGUAAGAACUUAGAAGCCAGUCACUCUGAGGGGUAAAAAGAUUGAUCACUCUUGUCAGUUCACUGGCCUCCUUAAUUAUGCAGCUUAUCCCAAUUUCAUAGGCAUGAAGUGAACUGAACUGUCAAUGAGAACCAGAAGCUGGCCAAAGCCAGUGGAUAAACUGCCAUCUUGAGCUGGCUAUUUGUACCUCAUAGUACCAAAAGUUCUGAUGGAAAAUUGUACAUUAUUUUUAUAAAUACAGUACAAUCAAAGAAAUUUGAACGUCAGUUAUUUCCUAGUUUGAUAGAAAUUGAAUGCAAAUUUACCAGUGACAGAAUUUGUGGCAAGGUUUGUGCAAACCGAACUUUCAACUCUCCCCCUCCCCCCCCCAUUCACUUUUGCACACUUUGUCACUCCUGGGUAGAGAGAGACAGUGUGAAACUACAACUACAUGUACAACUGAUCUUUCCCAGGUCAUCCUGGUAGCCUGAAUGUACACUGUAUGCUGUGUUCACAUAAACUUAAUGCACCCAGAAAAUAGGAUCAAAGUGUUUUUCUUACAAUUACAUCACAAGAGCAACCAUUCUUUUGAUAAAUGACAUUAAUGGAGCUGUUACUUGCCUCUUCAAAAUGUAUUGUAAGCCUUAGAAACUCCAAUUUAACUCAGUUGAUAAAAGUAAAUGGAUCAAUAUCAGUAUCUGGGCAACUGCCCACCUACCCCUCCCCUAACUCAACAUUAACCCUAAUUUGUUAUGAAUUGACUGUUAUUGAGUUAGGGGAGGGGUAGGUGGGCAUUUGCCCAGAUACUGAUAGUGAUCCAAGUAAAUUAUCUAGUAAUACCCCUUCCUUGCAUUAAUGCAGCACCACAGGUGUUAAAAAACUUGCCCCCCCCCCCUUGUUAAUGCAAUAGUUUUGAAGUUGAUGGAAAAUUGCCUGUGUGAGCAAUCCAAGUCUCAAAUGUAGUUUGAAAGGUGAAGUGUUAUCAAUUGUUAUGCUGCUCAUGUUAUUUUCAGGCUUUGGGAAUGUUCAGUUCCGCUCUGCAGUCAGGUCAGCUGGGUCCUUUGAUGGGUCAGUUUGGGUUUAAUGAUGAAGUCAUGGGAGCUGCCAGGAGAGGAGGUAAGGCAGUCUUGACUACAUGGUGAGAUUAUUUCCAAUUAUUGGACAGUGCUUAAAAAACUUUUCUGGAGGCUUUUCCAGCAUGGCUUUAAGAUGUGAAAAGGCUAGCAUGCCUAGCAAAUCUGGUCUAAUGUGAUGGGUAGGCCACGUCUGAAAUGUGUUUUACUUACCAAACUACCUUGUCUUUCCUUCUUUAUUUUAGACAUGGUUGGAUUUGUGCGUGCUGUCCAGGAUUCAUCUCGUCCCAGUACUGCUGAUAGUACCAGUACCUCUGAUGCAACAUCACGGCCAACUACAGCUAAUGAUGGUGACCAGGAGACCGAGGACAAAGAUAAGGACGAGGAUGAGGCUAUGAGUUUGGACUGAUUGAAUUGAGUUACUGAUUUUGUGAAGUGCCCUUCAAAUUUCUGUGUGGAAUUGUCAAAAAUAAAUUGUCAACUAGUUAGGUUUUUUUCCUCACCAUAUUUUGUGUUUUGGUUUCAAAUGAAUGUAGGCAUGAUGGUUGUGUGUUUAAUUAAAUUUACCCUAUAUGUGCAAAACUUUUGUCUCUUUUUUUUCUCCCAAGAGCUCAUGAUAGCCCUGUAAACUUUUUAAAUAUGAACUUUGCCA